CCAAAUGCUUAACACUUAACAGCCACGGAAUAGCACAAACAUGAAGUUCAAUCUGGUGUUAGUUGCUAUAGUAGCCACCAUUUUGGGAAUUGGGCUUGAAGGAUGCCAUUGCAAGAUGGUGCAGUUCAUAUUUGGAGACUCUCUCUCAGAUGUUGGAAAUAACAUGCAUCUGUCUAAAAGUCUUGCUCAGGCAAGCCUUCCUUGGUAUGGUAUAGACUUGGGUAAUGGGUUACCUAAUGGAAGGUUCUCCAAUGGUCGCACAGUUUCUGAUAUAAUAGGUGACAAAUUGGGCCUACCUAGACCUCCUGCAGUCCUGGACCCAUCCUUAACUGAAGAAGUUAUACUAGAAAAUGGUGUGAACUAUGCUUCUGGUGGUGGCGGCAUCUUGAAUGAAACCGGCUCAUACUUUAUAGAAAAGUUAUCUCUGGACAAACAAAUUGAGUUGUUUCAGGGGACACAAAAACUGGUUCAAGGCAAAAUUGGAAAAAAGGCGGCAGACAAGUUUUUCAAGGAAGCUAGUUAUGUGGUUGCUCUAGGAAGCAAUGAUUUCAUCAACAACUACUUGAUGCCUGUUUAUCCUGAUUCAUGGACAUACAAUGAUGAAACCUUCAUGGACUACUUGAUUGGAACACUAGAAAGACAACUCAUGCUUCUUCAUAGCUUAGGAGCAAGGAAACUCAUGGUUUUCGGGCUGGCUCCAAUGGGCUGCAUUCCCCUUCAGAGGGUGCUUAGUACAACUGGGAAUUGUCGCGAAAAAACAAACAAGCUGGCUCUAAACUUUAACAAAGCUGGAAGCAAGUUAGUAAAUGACUUGGUGGAGCAGCUUCCUAAUGCAAAAUAUAGAUUUGGAGAUACAUAUGAUUUUGUUUAUGAUCUGAUUAGCAAUCCAAUUAAGUAUGGAUUUGAAAACUCAGACACUCCUUGUUGUUCCUUUGGGAGAAUUAGACCUUCGCUUACAUGUGUGCCGGCAUCAACACUGUGCAAAGAUAGAAGCAAAUAUGUGUUUUGGGAUGAGUACCACCCCUCAGAUAGUGCUAAUGAACUGAUUGCAAAUGAGCUCAUCAAGAAAUUUGGAUUCUCACAUGAUGAUCAAAGUGGUGCUCCUUCACCAGCACCUGCUGUUGCUCCAGCUCCGGAAGAUUAAUGAUUCAAUGUUUUCUUUUCUAAUGCUGGAAGUGCUCAUGAUAUGUGGAAGUGGAAGCAAGUAUUUUUCAGUUAUACAUAAUUUCCUUUUAUGGUUUGAGCAUUUUUAGUAACCAGUUCUAAAUAGUUUCUUGCUAUCAUAAGAAAGAUACUUCUGAUAUUUUCUUUCCUUAUGCAUCACAUAUAUGUAAGUAUGUAACUCAUCAGUUAAGAGUGUAUUUUCUUCAAAUUGGGUCACAGAGAUAUCUUGAUCCGGUUCCAUAAAUUGUAUUUUUAUCAACUCCAUCAUUCUCUAAUGUCUGCAAAGAGAUGAUGUGUCUACAAUAGAAUAUGAUUUCUGGAACACAUGUUGCUGUAGGCAUUACUUAAUGCAUCUCAAGUUUAUUAUAAUCAAAUCUCCAUACUUACGUGUAGCAUACAAA